AUGUUGGAAAAUACCGGAGGUCAAUCCGACUUAAAACGAAUGAGUUAUGAGUGUUUAAAAAACGUCACAGAUUACGUGUCCAACCGAAUUUCUGCCGUCGGAUACACCCACCACCGUCGAUUGCUUGCCAAGUGUCAUAUCCAAUCCUCGUCAGAUGGAGAUCGCGAUUAUCUAGGCUUGUUCUUAUCUUCAAACUCUUCAAACUUAUCGUUCUCGUGUCCAUUUUUCCCUUUACCAAAGCGUCUCUUUCUCUGCAAAUUGUUCUCAGUUCAAGAACUUCAAAAGGCGCACCUUUCAAACGUAUGCGCAUAUUGA